CGGCGAACCGCUAUGGACGCUCUUCCGGGGCAAAAUCUUUCAGUUUAUUCUUGAACGGCGUGCGUCUGAACGGCAGUCUCGUUUGGUCGGUGUUCGCGGCGGUAUGCGCCGGUACGUGUAGCUCGGUGCUGUGAACUUUUUUUUUGUCGCAUAUACAUUGCGAUAAACUCGUCGAUCAUUGUGACACCGAACGUACCGGCGUUUGCCAGAAACGGAAUCCAUCCGUUCGCACCACGUUGUUUUCUUUUUCACCGUAAACAAGCAGUUUCUAUACACCGCAUCACAGAUCAUUCAUCUUAGAUACAGAAAACCACAAACACAACAAAAUGGAUAACAAACCGCCUACGGAAAUGGACACUUUCUUGCCCCAAGAUGGGUCUAACAUGAAAGAUGGCGUAUUAACCAAAUACAAAGUACAAGUUGUUCCACGAGAUGUGGAAGCAGCACAAGGAGACGGGAAGAUUUUCGAUCCCUUUAGCGAACGAAAAGUUGAUAAUCCAACGACCGACUGCGACACAUUAACGCAUUUACUGAAAGCCUCGCUUGGGACGGGUAUAUUGUCCAUGCCAAUGGCUUUUAAAAAUGCUGGUCUCCUCGUUGGUGUAUUUGCAACGAUUCUUGUGGCAUUUGUCUGCACACAUUGCGCAUAUAUUUUGGUAAAAUGCGCGCACGUUCUUUAUCACAAAACGCGGCGCACAGAAAUGAGCUUCGCCGACGUAGCCGAAGUAGCGUUUGCUACGGGGCCGGAAUGGACAAGGAAAUUUUCAAAGCCAAUGAGGUACCUCAUACAGAUUAGUUUAUUUGCAACGUACUUUGGCACUUGCAGUUUGUAUACAGUUAUCGUUGCAGCAAACUUCAAACAAAUCAUUGAACAUUACAAAGAUCCUGAGGCUGGCCAGUUUAGUAUCAGGUUAAUGACAGCAUGUUUGCUGGUCCCUAUGAUACUACUCAGCUGGAUACCUAACUUAAAAUACCUCGCGCCUGUUUCUAUGAUCGCCAAUAUAUUCAUGGGAACAGGUUUAGGAAUAACUUUUUAUUAUUUGGUCUGGGAUCUCCCACCGCUAUCGGAUGUGCCUUUAUUCGCGCCUAUCGAGAACUUUCCACGGUUCUUCAGCAUUACUAUUUUUGCAAUGGAAGCAAUAGGCGUUGUAAUGCCACUAGAAAAUAAUAUGAAAACACCGCAGCACUUCGUCGGUAUUUGCGGCGUUCUCAACAAAGGAAUGUCUGGGGUUACCCUUAUAUACAUUUUACUGGGAUUUUUGGGUUACAUAAAAUACCAGAGCAAUACUAUGGACAUUAUCACGUUAAAUUUCCCGACGGAAGAAAUACCAGCCCAAAUUGUCAAGAUUUUAAUACCUCUUGCAGUUUAUUGCACGUUUGGUUUACAAUUCUACGUCUGUCUUGAUAUUGCAUGGAACAGUAUAAAGCAUAGAUUCCAGAAAAAGCCACUAUUAGCAAAUUAUAUUUUGAGAACAGUUAUGGUUACAGGCGCAGUUCUGUUGGCUGUGAUUUUGCCAAAUAUCGAACCUUUCAUUGGACUGAUUGGUGCAUUUUGCUUUUCCAUUUUGGGACUUUUAAUUCCCGUGUUCGUCGAAACUGUAACUUACUGGGACGUUGGUUUCGGCCCAUGCCAUUGGGUAGCGUUAAAGAACAUCGUUAUUUGUAUCAUUGGUCUCAUGGCUUUAAUAUUUGGAUCUCGCAGCGCGUUAAUACAAAUUAUAGCAGCAUAUGGCUAAAACUGUUGCCUAUACAUAUAUAAAUAGACAUGUACAUAUUCCAGUAUUCCAAACUAAAAAUGUUUGGAAACCACUUCAUAGAGUCUAACGUAAUAAGUAUCUGAUAAUUCUGAUAGUUACGAAAGACAAUCAUACAAAUUUUAAAAUACUAAAGAUUCAGAAACACCAACUGCAAUAACUUCCAUCAGAUGUGUGGUACACGAAUAUUUCUAUCAGAAAUUUAAUUGCUAUUUAUGUGCCUACAUGAAGUGCUCUAGUAAGAUGAAAAGAAUUAUUUGUUACAAUAACAAAUGUUAUUUUGGUUGUUGUACAAAUAAGAACUGAGAAACCGACAUUCGGUGAACGGUAGUUAAAAUUAUGUCUACGCACAAAUGAUUUAUAAAAUACAACGAAUAAUGUCAGUGAAGGUUAUAUGAAAAAAUUUAAUCCUUACGAACAUAUCAAGUGGCAAAUUAAUUUGAAGGUGUAAGUAACGAUUUAUUUUGCUCUUAGCAGUUAAUGUAAAAUCAAUUUUAUCUUAUCUGAGAAAGACAUAGACUGAGAAACAUUGGCAGUAUUUCAAUUAUUUUUACAUUUGAACAGUAAAAUAAAAAUAAGUAAUUAAAAUGAAAAAAUAUUUUAUUUCGUUGACAAAGGUAGUUUAAAAUUGUCUAAUGCAAAAUAUAUUUAGCGAUGCCUCGAAUUUAUGUGAUUUAUUUAAAAUCAAGAUUGAAUGAUAUACAAAAGUUUAUUACGUCCAUAUUUAUGCUUCUUAUUUAAAAAAUAGUAAUCAAAUGCUUUGUGUAGCUGGCUCUACAACUUAAAGAACCAAAUCUUAAAGUAUAACCUUCUAUAUUUCAAAGAUAAUGACAUAAACUACCAGUAUGUAAUAAAGUAUCCUUGUAAUAUUUGAAAUCUUUAUAAGAAAAAUUUUCUAUGUAUACAAAUCUAUAUCUACAGUAAGUUCCUGUUGCAUGUUCUGUACAUGUAAUACAGUGUAUAAAAUGUUUCACUCUUCUAUGUUGCAUUUAAUGUGAAUACAUAUUUUCAAAAUAAAAA